AUGUGGAAAAAUCGCGCUAACAUUAUGGAGUGUUUUGAAUCAAAAUCCCUAAAAAUAAAGAAAAAUCGUAAUCCAACUCAUCAAGAUAUUGAAAAUGCUCUCCUAGUGUGGUUUAAAGCUCAGAAAAGCCAAAAUGUACCCAUAAGCAGUCCUCUUUUGCAAGAGAAAGCUAAUCAUUUUGCCAGACAGAUCGGGAAAACAAACUUUGUAUGUUCAGAAAGUUGGAUUUACAGAUUUAGACAACGUCAUAAUAUUGUGGUCGGUAAAGUUUGUGGGGAAGCCGCCAGCGUGUCGCAAAAUGACUGUGACGAUUGGUUGAGAACAGUUUUACCAAAAUUAACUGAAGGGUAUACCGACAGUCAAAUAUGGAACGUUGAUGAGACGGGAUUAUUUUUUAAAUUGACUCCAGAUAGAACACUAAAAUUCAAAGGAGAAAAGUGUGCUGGUGGCAAACUAUCAAAAGAUAGAAUAACCGUGCUUAUUGCUUCAAGUAUGGCAGGCGAAAAAUGA